CACUGGGCGUCACCGCCCGUCUUAGUUCCGAACCAAGCAGUGAAAACAUCGUCUUCUUCUCCUCACGGAAGUCCGGCCAACAUUGACUUUAUUCCACAUCCUCGGCCUUUCCCCUUGGUCUGGAGCAACGAGGCCACCACUUUGGAAGAUUGACUGCAGUCCUACAGCCAGCAUCAUGACCUUGUCAUUCAAGAAGGACCUGGACAAGUACAAGGACCUGGAUGAAGAUGAGCUGCUUAACAAUCUGUCGGCAGAUGAGCUCAAACAGCUGGAGUCGGCCCUGGAGGAGAUGGACCCAGAGAAUGCUCUCCUUCCUGCCGGUAUGCGUCAGAAGGACCAGACCACUAAAAUGGCCACAGGAGCGUUUGACAAGGAUCGACUCCUGAAGUAUCUGGAGAAGGAAGCCAUGGACUACAAGGACCGAGAUGAUGUUGUCCCCUUCACUGGAGAGAGGAAAGGUAAAGUCUUCAUUCCCAAGCAGAAGCCGGUAGAAAGCCGGCAGGAGGACGUCACCACCAUCGACCCAGAGUUAGAGGAGGCCCUGUCCAGCGCCACAGAUACAGAACUGUGUGACCUUGCAGCCAUCCUGGGGGUCCACACCCUGGUCACCAGCACUCAGACCUACGAUGGCACAGGAGGUUACAACAAUGUGGUGAAAGGGGAGAAAAUGAACCCCGUCUUUGACGAGCCCCCCAACCCCACAAACGUAGAAGAAACCCUGAGCAGGAUUAAAGGCAACGACCCCUCCCUAGUGGAGGUAAACUUGAACAACAUAAAGAACAUUCCUAUCCCCACACUCAAAGACCUGGCCAAAGCCAUGGAGAAGAACACGCAUGUGAGCAAGUUCAGCAUGGCGGCCACGCGGAGUAACGACCCCGUCGCAGUGGCCUUGGCUGACAUGCUGAGGGAGAACAAGACGCUGCGCAGUUUGAACUUGGAGUCCAACUUCAUCACCGGUGCCGGCAUUCAGACGCUGAUCCACGCGCUGCGAGACAACGACACGCUGACGGAGAUCAAGAUAGACAACCAGAGGCAGCAGCUGGGCACCAAUGUGGAGAUGGAGAUAGCCAAAAUGUUGGAGGAGAACAACAGCAUCGUGAAGUUUGGCUACCACUUCACCAAGCAGGGACCACGCUCCAGAGCUGCUUCUGCCAUCACCAAGAACAAUGACCUGAUCCGCAGGAGGCGAGUGGAACAGGAAGUGUAGGCCUUCAUCUCACCUGUGGAAUCCUAAGUCCUACCUGUCUCAUCUCAGCGUGUGGAAGAAGUCUUGUGCCAAACUGCUGACUCCACAAGAAGGUAGAAGAGGAAUAACUGGAAUCAUUUGCUUUUUAGUCUUUUUUCAGCCUUGACUCUGUCCAGACUUUUUACUUUUUUACCAUACCGUCAUUGUGCUAACUCACCUGCCCAAAGCUGGGACCUCCCCCACUUACCUUUGUUACACCUUUAGCAGUUACAAAAGAUGCUGACUCAGCAGUCAAUAAAUGUUUGCUAUUUCUAAAUGUUGACUAUCACCUGUAUCACAACUGUCAUUCAGUAAUGACAUGAUUAGUCAGAGGUGACUAACCCUAACCCAGAAUGGUGUGACCCAGAUGAUGUUCAACAUGCCAAAGACCAACACAUUUUGGACCUCCUAUUAUUCAUGCUGCAGGUCUUCACAAAUACUUAAUAAAAACUGUUCCAAUUCUCUGUC